AUGUCUCUACACAAGAGCCAUACCCCACAACCAGAAUAUCCUGUUCCUCCAAACUGGACAGAUCAUAAGAUCGAAGAGGAAUGGGAUAGUCCUGAUGGCAGAGGUCAAGUUGUCACACGUGCUUUCGGUCUUGGCCCAGGACAACCGAUUUUAGAGGAUGAAGAGGGUCAGACUCAGAUCAUUCAAUCUGGCGAGAAAUUCUACAUGUGGGAUGAGAUGAAUGAUGAAAUUUACGAGUUUGCCUGCCAGGAUCUGGGUGAGAUCUAUCAUGCUCUACAUAAUGGAGGACUGCAGAAACUGGACAGAUGGCUCCUAGAGGAGGUUGGCCCCCUUAUACAUUAG